AUCUGGAAGAUAGCUAGCUAACGAGAUUAAUUUUACUGUAGCGACUAGCAAGCAAGCUUGCUAACAGUAGACAGUUAACGUUAGCUAAAUGAAUGAUCAAACAAAGCGAGCUAGCUAUUUGUAAAUUCGUGUGCACAUCUGCAGGUAGUGUAACGUUACUACAGUUAACGUUUGUUUGUGCAAAUGUUUCUAACUCCGUGUCCUGCUUGAAGGACGUUUGGCUUGAAUGUUGUUGCUAUCACCGAAGCUAACUAACUGUUAGCUGUCAAACUAGCCUACUGCUAAUGUGUUACCGGUGAUGUGAGACCUAUGAGUAUUAUUAGUUAGCCCAGGCAGGAUGUGAGGUGUUGAUUGUUUUUCAUAAGGUAUAUGCAUAUCCCUCUAACCAAACUCAUUUUGUGUUAUGUCUGUCAUCUUGGUGUCCUCAUGGGAACUUUCAAAAUAAGCACACACUUCUGGGGACCUGUGGCCAACUGGGGUCUGCCCAUUGCUGCCAUCAGUGACAUGAAGAAAAGCCCUGAGAUUAUCAGUGGCAGAAUGACCUUUGCUUUGACCUGCUAUUCCCUCCUGUUUAUGAGGUUUGCAUACAAAGUUCAGCCAAGAAAUUGGCUCCUCUUUGGUUGCCAUCUAACCAAUGAGACCGCCCAGCUCAUUCAAGGAUCACGACUUAUCAAAUACAACAUGGAGAAGAAGUCUUCUUAGUGAUGGACAAAUGCAAAAUAUAUAGUUUCAUUAGGAAAUCUGCAUGGUUUGACCCUAUGGUUUUUGUGUGUAUGACCAUGUUUAUCUCAUUGCAUACCUAUGUAAAACUCUUAACUUAAAAAAAUGUUAAUUUAGAUUAAACUGCUGUUGACGAUCACCAUGCCUGUUUCUUCCGGUAUAUAGGGUCAAUGAAUAGAUUUGUUUUGCAUAAUGUUUUUUAAGCACAAACUAAUUAAAUGGAAUGGAAUCUAGUGAGGCCCUGUUACAGAUGGGAUUAUUUUAAAGAGAGGGUCUAUUACACAAAUAUUUACUGUUUAUGUCCUCAUUUUAAUAAAUGUGUUAGCAAUACCAAUAACACAAUCUUUAUCAGAAUGUACAGGCAGUAAAAGUUGUACUCUGGUGUGUUGCCAUGGAAACAUUAUUCCUGAAUAUAAUGAAUAAACCCUUAUCUAUGUACCAUGAAUUAAACUUCCUCUUACACUGACCAUAAUUUAUAAUAAACUGUCUGAUAUCCAUGAA